CAACUUCAUCCGGGAUGCUUCACUUUGACGUGCUCCUACAAGAAAUCAGUGAAACCAAGAAUUUCGCGUGUUUGAUAAAUUUAGUUCGGAGCAUAAUUCACAUCUUUUUCCACACCGGGAAGAACAUUUGCAACAAAUACAAUGUCCAGACGCGGCGGAUUCGGUGGACGUGGACGCAAUUGGAAUCAAAACAGACACAAUUCGGGCAGCUCAAAUAAUUGGUCGCAUGACGGCGACAACCGCUUUACACGCUUUCAAGAUGCUCAGGAUGUCGAGGAUUUCGAACGAAAGCCCAAGAACACAAAGAGGCAUGUUAGCUUCAAGCCUUCGGGGGUGGUGGGACGCGGCGGCAUGAAGAAUAGAAAUUUUCAACUCGCAAUCAAAGCGCGGCUCGAGGAUGACGAGGAAAUGGCGGAUUUCGGAUUCAGUAAGGCUAAUCACUCAAAGAAGAAUCGCAGAAAAGGCUCACCAGUACCGAGGAAGCUCCCGCCUAGCUCGGCUGGCUGGUACAUGGUCACGAUUCCCUUCGGUCGCAAAUACGAGAAAGACGUCCUGAUCCGUCACAUCCUCACAGCCAUUUCCCCGGAAAUUUUCAUCCCAAAUUAUUGGAAGUACGAAAACGAGGACGCCGUAUUCUACGUGGACGACGCCAAGAUCGCCGAACGACUGAUGCAAGCAAAUUGGGAGAUUCAGAUGCCGGACGGAUUCAAGUUGUCGAUUCGGGUCCGGCCAGGCGUCCCACAAGUUCAGAUCGACGCAAAUGUGAAAGAACGGAUGAAGUUGGUGAUGGCGAAACGCUACAAUGCAGCCACGAAGGCUCUGGACUUGACCAAGUUCCAUGCGGAUCCGGAUUUGAAGGAUAUUUUCUGUGCCUUGUCGCGACCCUCAAUCAUGCUUGCUGCCAUUGAUAUCAUGGAGGCCAACAUUCCCGACUUGGAGGCUUUGAAUUUGAACGACAAUCGCAUUCAUUUGCUGGAUCACUUCAAGUGCAUGGCGAAAAAGCUGCCGAAUCUUAAGAUUUUGUAUUUGGCUAACAAUCGGAUUCAAACAUCCAUCGCUCUCCUCAAUUUGAAGACAAUUCCCCUGAUUGAAAUCAUGCUGGAAGGAAAUCCGUUUAAGAAUCGUUUCAAGAAUGAUGCGCUCUACAAGAGUGAUAUAAGGAGGAAAUUCCCAAAACUUAGAAAAUUGGAUGGUAUCGAAUUGGAGCCUGAAAUUGGUUUUGAUGUUGCCGAACAGACCACAUUGCCACCAGCAAAAGCAUCCUUUUUAUGCGACGCGGCUGGAGCAGAUGUUGUUCGACAAUUUAUCGAGCAAUAUUUUAUCAUAUAUGAUUCAGCCAAUCGUCAACCGCUUCUAGAUGCAUAUCACGAGCAGGCAAUGCUAUCCUUAUCUGUAGCAUCGAAUUCAUAUCAAGGGGCCAGAUUGAACAACUAUUUUGAUUGGAGUCGCAAUAUCUUGCGUAUGGCUGGGGACAAAUCGCGACAUAUCCGUUACGGACGACUUCCAGUUGUCUCAUUUCUCUCGGAACUGCCCAAAACGCAGCACGACCCACAGUCGUUUUCUGUUGAUUUAACUCUGUUCACGCCCAAGCUCAUUAACUUUGUCGUCACUGGUGUCUUUCGAGAGCUCUCUAAAAAGGAACAAUACGGCAAUGGAAAUCCGGAUUCACCGAAGAUCAUGAGAUCAUUUCAGCGCGUUUUUAUGAUUGUACCGAUGGCUAAUGGUGGGUUCUGCAUACGAAAUGAGAUGCUAUUUAUUUCCAAUCCGACCCAAGCUCAAUCAAAAAUGGCCUUCAAACCUCGACCAGCGGAGCCAAUACAACCGGCCCCUGCGGUUCCGCAAGUGGCUCCAGCCGUACCCAACGUGGUCACAUCACCCGUCGUUGAUGAGAGUACUAAAUUGCAAAUGAUCCAAGCACUAUCAACGCAAAGUACGAUGAACUUUGAAUGGAGUAAAAAAUGCUUGGAAGAAACCCUCUGGGACUACAAUCGUGCUAUCAAUGUUUUCACUGAGCUGCACAAGCAGGGAAAAAUUCCACCCGACGCAUUCGCAAAGUAGGCUCCCACGCCUAUCCCGAUUGUGAUAAAUAGCUUGCUUCGACCUUUGUCCUGAUCCUGUGAAUAUAUUUUUUUGCCUCACAACUCAUUGAAGGAUCAUUUCGAAGUUGUCAGACUGGUGGAAGUCAGUCCCGUGGAUAAUAACAGUGGAGGAGUCGUGAAAAUCUUUAGUUUGACAUAAAAAUCUUUUAAUAGUCGCACCAUUUGGUCACUGCUUUACUUUUACUUUAAUUGAAGGUUCUUAUAGAUAUGAAUUUUUAAAAUUUUUUUGAUUUAUCUAAUUUUUAUUAUCAAUUCUGGAUUGAUAAAUGUCGAAUAGUAAUAUUGUCAGAGUCGUUAGGAUUACGAAGUAAACGAUUUCCCUGCAGUGGGUCCCUUCUCUGAAUUGAGGGUUUAGCAUUUAAUUAUGUCUGGUUCCGAUAGGUUUUAUGAUAUCCGAGAUAAUUUUGAGUAACGUUGCGAAAUGACGGUAAGAAAGGGUCCUCGUUCACUCUAGAAAUCGAUUGCUUCGUAGUUGCUUACAGCGCGCUCGAAAUUACUGAAUAAUUUGGUCGUCUUCUUAUAGUCAAAAGAAAUUGGUGCAUAAGUUACAGAUGUAAAUAGUAAUGAUACUUGUUACUGAAUAAGGAUGAAGAAUAUCUUUUGAGUUUUGCUGUUGUAUUCAUUUAUUUAACGUUGUUCAAUCUGAAGGAGUUUUAGAUGAAAUUUGUAUAAUUUUGUGAAAAUUUACCAAUUUUCCACAUCAUCUUAGACAUAAGACUGUAAAUAUUAGCAAUUAGAAAGAUAUAAGUCAUCGAAUUAUAAUUUACGGAAUAGAAAUUUUUAGAUUUAUUUUCUACAGAAUACAUGGCUAUACAAUAAGAAUGUGUAAUAAAUCCAAUAGCUACAAAUGAA